AUGGAGACGUAUCACGGUCACGUCCGCACCCCCGCGGACGCUAUCAUCCUCUUUGAAGCAUGUCGCAUCGGUCUCCUGCCUCGCGUCCAGCGACGACUCUCCGAAAAAGAACGCCAACUCAUUCAAUCCGGGUCCGUGUUCGUCUGGGAUGAACGAGAAGCCGGCAUGCGACGAUGGACGGAUGGCAAAUCUUGGAGCGCCAGUCGGGUCUCGGGGAGUUUCCUGACUUAUCGCGAAAUGGAGGGCAAACGAGGGGGUACCAGCGUGUCGCAAUCCGCCUCCAUGGCCCGAGCCGGGAAAACCCCAGAGAGUGGACGAGGGAGUGACGAUGACCGACCCGAUGGCCCUGAUGAAGGCCCCGACGGCUAUCGAUAUAAGCCGGACGGCCUGAUGAAGCAGUCCUUUAGCAUCACCACCUCCACGGGCCAACACCUCCACUUGAUUAGCUAUUACUCCCGCUCCCAUCCCGCCGCCGCCAACCUGCAACAGCCAUCCACCGAUCCCGCGUUGCGUCAUGUACGGCCUCAAAAGGGUCUCUAUCCCGAAUCCACGGUCAACGACCAGCAGAACCUGCCGGUGGUUACGCGCGGUCCCAUGGCCGGCGCACCGUACGCGAUUCCGCCGCCGCCGCCGCCGCCGCCGCCCCCUCAUCCCAUGGCCCCCUACGCGCGCUCUGGUGCAACUCACCCACACUCCUAUGCAGCUUCCUAUCCGUGGCCGCCCACCCCUCUGGGGACCCCGCCUACUGUGUCGAUUCACUAUCCGGCCUACGUUGCUCCCGCCAACGCCCAACUCGCGUAUGCUCCUCAUCAUCAUCAUCAUCAUCCUCCUCCUCCGCCACCACCACCACCCCCACCCCCGCCCCCACCACAUCACGCCCUGCCACCGCCCCCACAACAACCACCGGGAUUAACCGCGGCCUAUGAACGACCCGUGCACCCGGUCGAGAGCGCCAUUCCUCCCUCCCACCCAGCAGUCGCCUUACAACAGCCUCCGCUGGCAUUGCUUGCCGGUCGGUCCCCGCGCGGGGUCGCAGACCAGGAACUUCUCCUCCGAAGCCCUCCGGAAUACACAACUGCCAUUGGGGACCUGCGCCGCACGUCUCCGCGCACCCAACCGCAUCCCAGUCCCCAUCCCAAUGGACUCCCCUCGGUCUCGCGCAGUCCGCGGGUUCUCAACCAAGCCCCUCCGCCGGGGUCUAUGCAAAUCCCGCCUCCCAACGCGGCCUCCAAGCCCUCCCUCGACACCAACGCGGCCAGUAUUGUGCCCGGUAUCACGUCGCUGAUGAGUGGUCCGCCCAUAGGCGCCCUGCCCUCGAUCUCUGCACCGGCUGGCCCGGGCGCAGGUCGUGCUGCUGAAGGACCCCGGGAUAUUCCCAACGACAAGAUCGGAUGUGGCGGCGAGGACCUGCGUGCACUUCGUCAAUUAGAUCGGGUGUUUACCGCAUAG